AUGGGUCAGGAUGAGCAUCAUGCUGAUGUUCCCUGGCGGCGUAUGCCUAUCGCUUCUACCCGUAGGCAACGGGUUCAUGUUGAUGUUACUGAGGAUGUUCCUCAGGUGACUGAGGAUGUUCCUCAUAUGGAUGAGGAUAUUCCUGAGAGGACUGCGGACAUAGAUGUUGUGGGCGUAGAGGGCAUAGCUAUUGAUGGUGAUGAGGGGUCACCUGCUGAUCAUGCUGAGGGAUUCUCUGGUGGGCCACGUGACCCAUCGGUCCUGACUUCGUUUGGCGACCAUGUGGCACAUAGCAUAUGGAGUGGAGAGGAACGACCUGAGUUGAAGUUGGUCUCCCACGGUAGGAAGGUUGAUAAAUUUGGGAGGCCAGCGCCUGAGAUAGAAGGCCUAGUGGCGGCCAUCGGAUUAAGUCAAUUAAUCGGGUGUUCUGUAGUCACCGGUGAUCCUAGACUUAUAUCUGCAUUUGUCGAGAGGUGGCAUAGGGAGACCAGCACCUUCCACCUUCCAGUAGAAGAGUUGACGAUCACCCUGGACGAUGUGGUGGCAUUCCUCCAUCUUUCCAUCACAGGCGUGUUACACAGCUUUGAGCCUCUACUUGUGGACGAGGUAGUCUUCUUGUUGAUGGAGUUGCUUAAGGUCUCUAAUGAGGAGGCUAGAGCUGAGAUCGUACGGGUGCAUAGGGCAUAUGUACGACUUUCGUGGCUUUGGGAGACUGGGGUCUAUGCUUGGGGAGCUGCAACACUGGUGCACAUGUAUGACCAGCUAAAUGAAGCUUGCCAGACCCCUACACGACAGAUGGCUGGGUACUUGACUUUAUUACAGUACUGGAUAUAUGAGCACUUUCCCAGGAUGCAUCAGUGUGUCACUGAUGAUGCGUAUGCUGAGACGACCCCACGUGCCUCCCGGUGGCUGACUACGAAGGCUCACAUGAGGGGGAUCAUAGGAGCGCCGUACCGGGCACAUUUAGAUGCUCUGACGAUCUCGGGGUCAAUUGAGAUGGGGUCCUAUUGUGGUCUUUGUUUGACCAGAGAGGGUGGUACGAUAGUUCGGGUAUCAGCAGACUACAUGGAUUGGUUUUUCCAGAUAUCUCAUCUGUUCCUCACACCGACCCAGGCAGGUGAUCAGCCCAGACAUCCACCUACCCCACAUGAUGAGGAAUACGCUGAGCCACAUAUCCCGGAGGUUCUAGUGGCAUCUGAUCUCCCUAGACAUUCAGUGGAUGCUUGUGAAGGUUGUGAAGCUAUCGCAGAAAGGUUGGAGCAUGUGCUCAACCUCAGGAUGGUCACUGAAGGCAUAGAGAUACACGAGAUCAUGCAAGAUUGCCUCUGGAUCGCUAGGGGUGAUGCCUCAGAUGGAAGUCUUAGGGCGCGACGUAGACGCCGCAUAGAUCAUUGA